UCUGUUCAGUAAAGUUUUUUACACCAUCAGGGGUGCUCUCAUUUUCUGCUCAAAAUCACCAAAUAGUCAUAACGAUGGAGGACAAUUAUACAACGGUGGUUUUCAGAAACAAAGAUGUUCCUUCAAAGGUGGAAAAUGAGGAACAAACAUUGUAUUCUGAAGUCAAAAUUGCACCAGUGGAAAAAGAGGAACAAACCUAUGCUGAGGUGAAUAAAACUCAUUCUCCAGCAUCUGUGGAAAAAGAGGAACAAAUAUGCACUGAAAUGCAUGAAGUUAAAGCACCCGCCAAAGAGGAAGGUAGUCCUGUACCAGAUAAAAAAGAGGAACAAACAUUACACUCUCAAACUGAAAAGCCUUCUGAUGAGGAAAGGACUCCUGAACCACGGUCUGAGUCAGCUCCAAACUUUCAUGACUUUCAGUACUUCAAUGUUCUGGCUGCAUUUGCUGCCACAUUUUCCGUUAUUCUGCUGGUGAUUGUCGCUGUCCUCAUCUACUUUGUGGUGACGAUGAGCAGUGAGAGGGUGAAGCUGGGCGGCCUCUCUGUGGAAAACCAACGUCUGAUCGCAGAGAAGAGAAUCCUGGAGAAUAAGACAGAGGAGAUGAUCAGACAGAGGGACAGUCUCAACUGGACAUUGGGAGUCAUGAUGAAGUUCACCACCUUCCCCAUGGAAAAAUUCUGUCCACAAAAAAAAUGUCAGCCAUGUCAGACAGGAUGGAUUCAGUUCCAGGAAAAGUGCUACUACUUUUACUCAGAAUCUUCUUGGAAGACUUGGAAUGACAGUCGUGAAUAUUGCAAGCAGGAAAAUUCAGAUCUCAUUGUUACUGAAACUGUAGAAGAGCAGGAAUUCGUUAGUGAGAACAUAAAAUACUACUACAGUAACUUCCAUGGAUUCUGGCUUGGACUGCGACAAGAUUCUGACAAAAACUGGCUGUGGGUUGAUGGACGUAACGACACUCUAGGGUUCUGGAUACAAGAGCCUUUUGGCCCUGUCGGUUCAUAUGCACUAAUGAUUCCUGGGAGGCCUACAAAUGCCAGCUGGGACAAAGCAGAGGGCGAAAUGUGGAACAAAUUCAUCUGUGAGCAAGAAAUCCUGCUUAAGUCCUUCUAGUUUGCUUUUCUACCUUAUUCCUGCUUUAACCCACAAAGACCCAAAUAUUCACCAUCGACCUAAACCAUCUACUGAUCGAAACUGUUUAAUAUCUGGUGAUCCAUUAAUCCUAUCAAUGCAUGUUAA